AUGGCGACCCGCACGCAGACGCAGAAGACGGCGGCGUCGGGGGCCGAGACACCCACUUCCAUCACGUGCCAACAACUGACGCCCCAGAGUGCCAGCAACACGCCAGCUCGCGACAUCGCCGAGGAGAGCAAGGGCGGCCAGCAGCCACGUGCGCACGGGAGCGAGUUGCGCUGCGUGCUCUGCGGUCUGGCUGCCAGCUCUACCAUUCGCCUCGUGCGCUGCAAGAGCUGCGGCAGCCACUUCCACGCGCACUGCGCUAACCUCCCGCUUCCGCCCGAGGAGGGAAACCUUUUCUGUCGCCACGCGUGCUUCGCAGCGUUCAGCAAGCAGCAGGCCAAGGCCCCCGUGUUCAGGACCGGAGACUACCCCCGCCUCGCCACGCAGAUCCAGAGCGUGCUGCAGGAGAAGUCUGACCGGCUUCAAGUGAGACGCCAGCUCCCCCUGCAGGAGGUGGGCGCUGGAACGGGACGCGGACGCGGCCGUGGACGCGGAAGAGGCAGGGGAAGAGGUCGAGGAAGAGGAAGAGGCAGGGGGAGAACUGCCGGGACCAAUCGAUCUCUGGACGAUUCCGAUGACGAAGCCAGCCAAGGAAAUCCGCGUCUCUCCUCAAUUGAUGGGGAGCAAGCUGAAAGCCCUCAGGUACCCAAUGACGCCGAGCCGUACACUCCAAGGAGUGCGAGCGGUGGUAUGAUGCACUCGAGUAAUAGUAACAGCAACACGCCGCGUCUCGGCGAGGAGGACGGGAACAUGCAACCAUCCUCGCGUACUGCGUCCCCUGCGUCCCGAAGGCCGUUGCGAGGAUUCGACACGGAGCAAGACAGCCACUUCCGCAGCGCCCCUCCGCCCAACCUACCUGCGUCUUCCUUGCAGAUGCCUCGGCAGACCCGAGGCGAAUACUCUUCCGCCCCAGCGCCUGACCAAGCAGGCGCUGACGGACCUCGACAGCACCACAGUUUUUCGGUAUCGGCGCAGCCAUAUCCGAUCGCUGGUCCGCGUCAGCAACAGUCGGAAGACCCGCGAUCACUUCAAUCGCCUUCAACGUUCAACUCGACGCCUCAGUUCUUCGAUGGUCGCUCGUCCGGGCGUGUACCGUCAGCACAACCUGGGGCACCGGGCAUGCAGCCACCACAGCAGCAAAUGCAGGAACAUGGAGCUCCUCUUCGACGUGGUGAAUUCGAUCCUGCCUAUCGUGGUGGGGCGCCAACAGGCCCGAUGCCUCCUCAAGCUCCCUAUGGCGACGCCCAGAGUGGUGACGUAGCAUCAGGCCAAGCUCCAGGCUUCAAGGAUGCCCCCGCGAACACAUACCCUCCUCAAGGUCAAUUCCCGCCCCAGGCGCCGUCACAGCUCCCCAUACGCCGACAUACACCGAACAUUCCGUGGCGCAAUCCUGCAGCGUUCCCUGCAGAGAUUUAUGAGCGCUUUAGCUGCCACUCCGACGAUGCCAACCACGUGUUCCGGAUCGACCUUACACCUGUCUUUGACGAUAAGGCGACGAAGCUGUACCAAACCGAGAUCGACUUUUUCUUCCGAUGCUUCGAGUCGCCUGAUGUGAGCCUUGUUGUGAAAGGCAUGAGCAGCGAGCUCAACCAGUAUAUCUGGGCGUGGCCAUUCAUCCUCGAGUGCUGCGGUAACGACACGCAUUUCGCAUUCGACCACUUCCAGUUCAAGCGAAAUUCCGAGACGGAUAUGCCUGAACUUGCUUACGUUGGAGAGCUGCAGCUGUCCAUGGCAUCGUUCAACUCGUAUCUCGAGAAGUAUUUAUCGAAUGUACCUGGAAAGGACGUCAUUGUGCUGGAAGACCAUGUCACGAAAAAGACAGUGACUAUCGUGGCGUCCGAAAAUAUUAUUGCGCUUAACAAUUUGGUGCUCGCUAAGCACUGCGCGCAGCUCUAUAACGACCUCAUCAAGGGCUUUCAGUGGGAUGUUUUUGCUGGCGGCAUUCACUGCUUGCUGCAGUACCUCCCGCAAAGUAGCUGGCAUGAAAAGUUUUCCAGUCCACGACUGCAUUUCAAUUUCCCUGGGGCACGAGGUUCGCUGAUGGAUCCAGGCAAUGGUACUACUGAUACCGCUUACCAGGUCCUUGUGGGGUCGUUGGAGUUGGUCAUUUUCGAGCGCUUUGAACCUCAGUACAAGGCCGAUUUCGAUCUCAUUUUACAACGCGCGGGGUACGACGCUGACAGGAAGACUAUGCUACUAGAUGCUCAUCUUCGUGCUCUGAGAGCCGCUGGUUUUGCUUUUUCAACCGUGCUUCUUCAGGACGGAGAGUUUGUGCACGUCAACAAGGGGCGCCAACAUUUCUGGCGCGUUGUAGAAAAAGACAGCGUUAGCGGUUCCAUUAACGCACCUUGCGUAUUCCUCUCGUGGGAGUGGGUCUACCAAGGUGUUUCGCAGCGCGGUAUCUCUACUGAAUGCUGGUUUGCAAUGAAGAACGCUAGCGUGUGCCCGGAUGGAUGGGUUUUCGACCCUCGCCGUGCGAUUGUUGAAGCUGCUAAGUGCGGCGUGGCAAUUGUGCGCAUGGGUCAGUUCUUGCGCACAGCAUUGGCGUCAGGGCGUCCGCGGACAUCGCAAAUGCUAUCGUUUACGUCUGUCCCCGCGCCUAUUGACCGCGGUGUUGUGGCUCAGCGCCAAGCCCAGAUGGUCCUCUUUCUGGAAUCGAUUCUGCCGUGCCUGGACGCUAUUGUUGAGGAGGCGUACGAGCUAGGUCUGUCCAGCACGGACGACAGCGACGAGUUCCGCAAGGUUUUUGAUGACGAGAGCAUGUGGCGGACGGUAGAUGCCGACUUGCGCGACCCACCUAGUGACAACGCGGAGAACUACUCGUGCGGCAUUUGUGGACGAGAGAUCACCAACCUGUAUAAGCAGUGUCUAGGCUGUGCUAUGUACUCCCGCCGAUGCCGCCCCAACAUGGCGUAUCCAGUCUUCCGCAUUUGUCUGCGUUGCCAUUCGCAGCCGGACCAGCACCACUUUAAGCCACGCGCCAUCGCUUCGUACUACGACAAGGUGCUGAGCUCAGAGGGGCACACGGGCCUGCUGCCAGCCACACGCCGCUACCAGUCAGUACGCAGCUACUUCAAGUGCCGGUGUGUGCCGUCUCUCCGCUGCGCGCACUGCGGCGGGUGCGAGUCGUGCAGCUGCCUGUGCCACACGUUGUUCCAGACCCGCUUCCGCUUCACUGCUCCCGCGAACCUGGAGCGACUGCGUGCGGACGUGGACGCCGUCGUCAAGUACCAUCAGCAGCAACUGCAGCAGCAGCAGCAGCAACAGCAGCAGCAUCAGCAACGAUAG